AUGGCAGUGAAACCCUCAAGGGCGGAGAAGAAAAUAUUGUACGACAAGAAGCUAUGCGCCUUGCUCAGCCAGUACUCCCAGGUUCUAAUCGUCCACGCUGACAAUGUGGGCUCGAAGCAGCUCCAGAGCAUUCGCUCGGGCCUCCGAGGUGACUCGGUGGUUUUGAUGGGCAAGAACACGAUGAUGAAGCGUACCAUCAAGAUACAUGCGGAGGCGACCGAGAACGAGGCUGUCAUGAACAUCCUUCCUCUUUUGGUGGGAAAUGUGGGGUUGAUCUUCACCAAGGGUGAUUUGAAGGAAGUGAGGGAAGUGGUUGGCAAGUAUAAGGUGGGAGCUCCAGCACGUGUUGGCCUUGUUGCACCAAUCGAUGUUGUUGUCCCCCCUGGAAAUACAGGACUUGAUCCUUCUCAGACUUCCUUCUUUCAGGUGCUGAACAUCCCGACCAAGAUCAACAAAGGUACUGUGGAGAUCAUCACCCCCGUGGAGCUCAUUAAAAAGGGUGACAAGGUGGGCUCCUCUGAGGCUGCACUUCUUUCAAAGCUUGGGAUACGUCCAUUCUCGUAUGGUCUUGUCGUGCUCUCUGUUUAUGACAGUGGAUCGGUCUUCAGUCCUGAGGUGCUUGAUCUCACGGAGGAUGAUCUUGUCGAGAAAUUCGCUCUUGGGGUCUCGAUGGUCACCUCGUUGUCGCUGGCUGUCUCCUACCCAACUCUUGCUGCUGCACCCCACAUGUUCAUUAAUGGAUACAAAAAUGCUCUGGGCGUUGCAGUAGCUACAGAGUAUUCCUUCCCACAGGCGGAGCAAGUAAAGGAAUUCUUGAAGGAUCCGAGCAAGUUUGCUGUUGCGGCUGCCCCUGUUGCAGCUGCUGAUUCUGGUGUUUCUCCAGAUGCUGCUGCCAAGGUGGAAGAGAAGAAGGAAGAGGUGGAAGAAGAGUCUGAUGAUGACAUGGCUCUCAAUUUGUUUGACUGAUUUCAGUAGGCUGUAGGGUUGAGGGUAGACAACACGUAUCAGUUUCCU